AUGAACGACAAUCCAUAUGGCCUUACCAUAGAGCUGGAGCAACUUAGUGAUAAAGAUGUACAUUUUCUUGAUUUGAGCAUUGCGUUUGGUGGAGACACCUUGGAAACUUCUGUAUACCGCAAAGCUUGUCACUUCCCAAUGUAUAUCCCAGCGAACUCCUGUGACCCAUUCAGAUAUAAAAUGGCGGCCUUUAAAGCACUGGUUAAGAGGGCCCACACCCAUUCUUCAACUCAGGAGGCAUUAGUUCAAGAAUUGAACUAUCUACUUAACAUCGCCGGUCAACAAGGAUUCUAUAACAUUGUCCAUAAAUUAGCUCAACAAUACAGCAUCGGCCUACCACCGCCACAGAAUGGGAAUAAGGUACAACAAGACCAACCCAUCACAACAGUCACAUACAACCCCUUCCUCAUAUCCUUAUACCAAAGAAUCGCUAAAAAACAAGGAUUACGACUGUCGUUCAGAAGAUGUCUGUCUAUGUUUAAGCUUUUGUGCAAUGAAAAAGAUAAACCUAAGGAGGAUAAGCUGCCAGGGGUAUACACUGUUCCCCUAGAUUUGACAGACAACUGA